CUAGAAAAAAAAAUAAUGACGCUUUGACCUGACAUCGUAAAUCACGAUAGCUGAUUUGGGAGCUGUAAUUCCUCUCAAGUUUUGUUUAGAAAUCCCUGCGUUUGAAACUUGGCAAGAAAAUGGUAUACUUGGGGCUAAAAUCUCACAAAUAACUCGGUAAUAGAAUUAAAUUUAAUGUGUAUGUUUCACCUGAAGGUCUCGGCAGUUUGAUUUUUUACGAUCUUUGACGAGCGUUUCAGCUAUCCGAGGAAUGCCGUGAUGAGUCGGUCGGGUCUAUUAACUAAAAUGUAAUUACAGAUAUUUAAUACGUUAUCCCGUAGAUCGAAAGGGGACGCACUGUGGUCUUAAUGUCACGGAGAGCAAAUCCGUGGUACACAAUUUGACCCUAUUUCAAGAAAAAAACAAAAACAAUUAUUUUUAUUUAUUGGAUUUAACUUGUUAGAGGUAUGGAUUGGAGAAAGUCCGUGGUUCUGUUGGCGUUGUUUUGUGUUCUCCACAUGGAGACGACAUCAUGUUGUAAAUGCCCGGGUCCUGAACACCCGCAGUGGUUGUAUUGCAAGUCUGAUAUAGUAAUCAAAGCCUAUAUAACCAACAUCACUCGAGUGUAUUCAAAGCAGGUACCCGGACGACCGAUAGGAAAUCACAUCCAUGUCCAUAUUUACCAAAAGUUCAAGGGGGAAAGAAAGUUUAAAAAUAUCGACCAUACGAAGAUAUACACUCCACUUGGCUGCAACAUAAGACCUCGAAUAGGACGGAAGUAUAUCAUGAUGGGUGUCAUUUUUGAGAAUGAGAUGAGGAUGACAAAGUGUAAUUGGAUGAAGAUGACACAUACCCUGAGUGACAUACAACAUCUUGGACUGCGUAAACUCUAUAAAAGGAACUGUCGCUGCAUUGCUGAUAUUGGAACUGACAGUCCGUAUCAUUUAAGCCCUAGGGAUAAAGGAUUUCGUGGAUGCACAUCAAGGAAAUCCAAACUAUUUGGUGUUGAUUGUUAUGUUAAUCAUGCUGUGUGUGUUUACCGUUCAAAUAAGUGCCAAUGGAAAGGAAAAUUCCGGAAAAAGCAUCGAGGAAAGUGAUGCUGAUAUCUCUAUUGCAAAAAUGGAAAAAAAAAAAAUCUCAGGGCAGCUUGUGCAUGAAAAUAUGACGAAUAUUCGUUUUUCUUUAUUAUAAAGACCUUUUAUUCCUUACAAGGAUUGAGAGUCAGUCAUCCAGGAACAGUUUCUGUUUGAAAGUAAAGAUUUUGAUUUUUGAUGGCUGAUUUUCUUUAUGUUUAUAAAUCCAGUAAUGUGAGUUUAUGAUUUCUGUAUAUACACUGUAGAAUUUGUCACUUUUUACUAUGGACUUGUAUUUAUAUAAAACGCAGCCAAGGAAGAAAAAUCAUAUCCAUUUCUGUUGAAUAAUUACAGAAAUUCUCAUUUAGAUAUAUAAAAUUUGGUACAAAUACAAUGUACAUAUGUAUGUAGAUGUAUUAUAAUUCCCCAGAUAUACAAGAAAAACCUAAAUAGGCGUUUUCAUGUAUAUUGUAGUUUUUUUUUAAAUCAUGAAGCUUGUGUUGUGCAAUAUAAAGUAUAACUAAACAUAAUUACACAAAAUAUGCAAACAUUCUUUAAUACAGAUUUGCACACAUUUCCUGUAUAGGAAUUAUAGCAGAAAACAUUUAAUCAUUCAAUGCUGAAGUAUUAAAUAAUCAAAACUUUGUACAA